GUUUCGAUUUCAGAAGCAGCCACAAGCGAUUUUUCAAGGUUUGAGCAAUGGCGUUCUUUGGUAAAAUGGGAAAGUUACUCAAGAAUUCUGCAAUCCAGCACAUAAAUCAUGAUUUAUCUAUGUCUACUCCUUUGGCAUUCCAAGCAAUUAGAUCCAUGUCAUCUGCAAAGCUUUAUGUUGGAGGUAUUUCGUAUAGCACUGAUGAUGCGGGUCUCCGAGAAAGUUUUGCUCGCUAUGGAGAUGUUCUUGAUGCAAGAGUUAUCAUAGACCGUGAACAAGGCAGGUCCAAAGGAUUUGGCUUCGUAACUUUUGCAACAAGCGAGGAAGCAUCUGCUGCCCUUCAGGCCAUGGAUAACCAGGAACUUCAUGGUCGGACAGUACGAGUGAACUAUGCUCAAGAAAGGCCACGCUCUGGGUAUGGUGGUGGUGGCUAUGGUGGAGACGGUGGUGGCUAUAGUGGUGGUGGUGGUGAGUAUGGUGGUGGCCACUGCUGACCUUGAAAAUUUAUUAUGUAUGCUUUAUAAUUGGAAAAUAACAAACCAUUUAUUGAGUAGAAGCAUUACUUUCUUUUUUAGGUGUGAUGUUAUAUUAUGUAGAAAUAAAAUUGGAACUACUUUUUGGUUUCAUCUUUAAAUUGGAAUUUUAUUUAAUUAGGGAUACAUGCUUGUAGCAUUUCAUUAUAUAUCAAAUCG